UAUAUCACUAUCAAUGCCACUGCUGGCCGUGCCUUCUAUUAUUACUUCACUGAAGCACAGGAUCCCAAGAAAGCUCAGGAUUUGCCCCUUCUCCUUUGGCUGAAUGGAGGUCCUGGUUGUUCUUCACUUGGCUUUGGAGCAAUGCAAGAACUUGGACCAUUCAGGGUUGGUAGCGAUGGCAAAACACUGUACAAGAAUCAAUAUGCCUGGAAUCAUGUUGCCAACGUUCUGUUCCUAGAAUCUCCAGCAGGGGUUGGAUUUUCAUACUCCAACACAACGUCGGAUUUUGUGAAGGGUGGGGAUAGAAAAACUGCUGCGGACAAUUACAUAUUCUUACUAAAUUGGCUUGAGAGGUUUCCCGAGUACAAAAAUAGAGAUUUUUAUAUUGCUGGAGAGAGCUAUGCUGGUCAUUAUGUACCUCAAUUAGCACAUAAUAUUGUUUAUCACAACAAGAAGGCCAACAAGACAAUCAUUAAUCUCAAAGGAAUUCUGAUUGGAAAUGCAGUUAUCAAUCAAGAGACAGAUUCCAUAGGCAUGAUUGAUUACUGGGCAAGCCAUGCUUUGACUUCCCUUGAAUCUUCAAGAAAAAUUCACAAAUACUGUAAUUUCUCAUUGGAUGCCCAAAGAUCUGAUGAGUGCAAUAGUGCCCUUGAUGAAGCUGGCAACAUGGUAGGAGAUAUUGACAUCUACAAUAUCUAUUAUCCUCUGUGCUUUGAUGGCAAUGUGACCAGCAUCCCUAAGAGGUUUUCAAUAAUGGAGAUCGAUCCAUGCAGUGGAUAUUAUGUUUAUUCAUACUUUAAUCUUCCUGAAGUACAAGAGGCAAUUCAUGCUAAUGUAACCAAAUUACACUACGAUUGGCAACCAUGCAGUGACGUUCUUGAAGAGUGGGAAGAUAGACAAUCAACUGUUCUUCCUUUUCUUAAAGAGUUAAUGGAGAAGGAAAUUCGUGUGUGGAUAUUUAGUGGUGAUACAGAUGGAAGAGUCCCUGUGACCAGUACGCAAUACUCCUUAGAAGUGAUGAAUAUUACAACUUUAAAUUCUUGGCGUGCCUGGUAUCGCGAUAGGGAGGUUGGUGGCUAUGUUCAAGAGUACAUAGAUAAUUUGACAUUUGUAACAGUUAGAGGUGCCGGUCAUGAAGUGCCAAGUUACCGACCUGAUCGAGCUCUUUCACUUGUUUCAUACUUUGUUGCAGGGAUUCCACUCCCCAAAAAAUAA